AGGUGGACUCCUUUUUUUGCGGCUGUCCAAAACUGGUGUGUAUGUUUUUGACUAUUUCUCCAACCGUGUUUAUGUAAAUAUAACCCCAUAUAUCACUCCUUCAUUAACAGCACAGCACCGUCCAAGCAACCCUCUCCUCAGCAAGGAUAUGCUGGUUUGUUCUCUCAGAAAGAAUCCACCAUCUCCAUCAACCUCAGCAUUCCUUCCCCGUCGAUCCACCCCAGCUGUUCGGCCCGUGCUUCCCCGGCUCUUAUCGACUGAAUCCGCUCGGACGACGACCGCCAAACGCUCGGCGCCAUCGCCUUGGCUAUUCUUCGCGAUCUUCACUGCCGGCUGCUCUACGUUUGUUUAUAUCACCCACAAGCGCUCUCUGAACGACAGCGACCCACGUCUUCGGUCGAAAGCGCUCCCGAGCUUUGGCGGCGCACCCACCGUCGUACCCUCCGAUAGACCCGAAGCUUCUUCGACCAGGCAACAAGCCUAACCGUUCUCAUGGCGCCCGUCUUUGACAACAAGAAGACCACCGUCAUCUUCGUCCUUGGGGGGCCUGGGGCCGGAAAGGGAACCCAAUGCGCGCGACUGGUCGAUCAAUACUCCUUCGUACAUCUCUCCGCUGGGGAUCUCUUAAGAGCCGAACAAAAUCGUGAUGGGUCCACUUAUGGCUCAAUGAUCAAAGAUUACAUUCGUGAAGGCAAGAUCGUCCCCAUGCAAGUGACCAUCAAGUUGCUCGAAAACGCCAUCGGCGCUGCCGUCGCUCAAGGAAAAACUCGGUUCUUGGUCGAUGGAUUUCCGCGCCAAAUGGAUCAAGCUGUCAAGUUUGACGAAGAUGUCUGUCAAUCUUCGUUUGUCCUCUUCCUGACUUGCCCCGAAGAAACACUCCUGAAACGACUCUUAGAAAGAGGAAAGACGAGCGGCAGAGAAGAUGAUAACGAGGAGAGUAUCAAAAAACGAUUCCGUACUUUCAUCGAAACCUCAAUGCCUGUUGUUGACUACUACCAACAGAAACAGAAAGUAGUCAAGGUAAAUUCGGAUAAACCUAUUGAAGAAGUCUAUAAGGAAAUCCAAGACGCGAUCAAAUUGCAUCUCCCAGUUUUUUGAAUAACUCGACUCUUUUACUAUACACUUGAUUCAAAGCAAACAUCAUCACUUCUUCGAAGGUUGUAGAGACUUACCGACCUUUUCUUACGCAUCUUACACACCCCAGCUCUCUUGGAAUAAAUCCCUCUUCAGUCCCCAAAUCGACCCCACUUUUUUAGGUCGAGGUGUAUCGGCCUGGUUAUGUGCCUGUUCAAAUCAGUGUUUCAGUAAUCCACUUUUUACAGCAGUGAUCCUAUAUAUGUAGGAAUUCAAUCAAUUCACAUGAUCCAUAUGCCAUGCUCCUUAUUGCCACUCAUCUUGAUGUUAUGGCCAUUGAAUAGAACCUUCAAUGGCCUAACACAUGAUCAUCUGUGGCCUGUAACAUCUUUUGUUUGAAACACUAACACGAUCAAUCAUGAAAAUGUAAAUGAUAACGCAGCAAUUCUCCAGGCCUCUUCAAGGGGUUUCAUGUCUAAGUUCAUGUCAUCUAUUAAUCUUCAAGUUUC